GGGCAAGAGGCCACUCAUACUGGGGAGAAGCCACACACGAUCCCCCAGUGCAGGGCAACGUUACGACGCGGAAGCAGUCAUGGCACUUGUUGUGGAUCCAAGAACGCCUUUGGUCCCAAACACAGAGAUACUCGGGACCAGGGUGUCCACCUUGGAGUACAGUCCUUUGUGUGCAGUGAAUGUGGGAAAACUUUCAGGUACAAAUCCUUAUUUGCCAUACACCAGAGAUACCAUACUGGAGCACGACUUCAUGAGUUUGGUCCAUGUAGGAAAUCCCUUGGACAACGACCAACCCUGAAUGAACAUGGGAAGACUCAGGGUGGAUCCAGGCAGUACACGUGCAGCAAAUGUGGGAAAUCCUUAGGCCCUGAAUCUGUCUUCCUUCAUCCCCAGAAAUGGCACAGUGGAGGGGAGAGUUAUGUUUGCAGCGGGUGUGCAAAAUCUCUUAACGGUAGCUCAGUGUUGCUUACUCAUAGUGUCCAGUCUGGAGAUCGGUUGUAUAAGUGUCAUGGCUGUGCAAAAUCUUUUCCGUCUAUGUCUGCCCUCUCAGAUCAUGAGAGAUCUCAUGCAGGGCAAAGACGGUAUGAGUGCAGUGAUUGUGGGAAAUCUGUUACCAGUAGUUCUGGCCUCCGUUCUCACCAGAGAGUUCACACUGGAGAAAGGCCUUAUAAAUGCAAUGAAUGUGGGAAAUCUUUUGCUGGUAGUUCUUCAUUACGUUAUCACCAGACAAUUCACAGUGGAAUUAGGCCUUAUGAGUGUAGUGAAUGUGGGAAAUCUUUUGCUGGUAGUUUUGUCUUACGUUAUCAUCAGAGAGUUCACACUGGUGAAAGGCCUUAUGCGUGCAGUGAAUGUGGCAAAUCCUUUAUCCGAAAAACUAGCCUCAGUGUACACAUAAAAGUUCACUCAGGUGAAAGGCCUUAUGAGUGUAGUGAAUGUGGGAAAAAUUUUACUGCCAGUUCUGCCCUCCUUCAUCAUCAGAGAGUUCAUACUGGAGAACGGCCAUUUGAGUGCCGUGAAUGUGGGAAAUCUUACACUGCUCGUUCUGCCCUCCGUUCUCACCAGAGACUUCACACAGGAGAAAGGCCUUAUGAGUGUCGUGAAUGUGGGAAAUCUUUUACUUUUAGUUCUGCCCUAUCUUCUCACCGGAGACUUCAUACUGGGCAAAGGCGUUAUGAGUGCUAUGAAUGUGGGAAAUCUUACACUGCUAGUUCUACCCUCCGUUCUCACCAGAGACUUCACACUGGAGAACGUCCUUAUGAGUGCCGUGAAUGUGGGAAAUCUUUUAUCACUAGUAAUCAACGUCGUUCUCACCAGAGAGUACACAGUGGAGAGAGGCCUUAUGAAUGCCCUGAAUGUGGCAAAUCCUUUCCCCGAAAAGGUAGCCUCAGUAUACACAAAAUGGUUCACUCAGGUGACCGGCCUUAUGAGUGUAAUGAAUGUGGGAAAUCAUUUAUUGCUAGUUCUGCCCUCCGUCGUCACCAGAGAGUCCACACUGGAGAAAGGCCUUAUGAGUGCCAUGAAUGUGGGAAAUCAUUUACUGCUAGUUCUGCCCUCCGUUAUCACCAGAGACUUCAUACUGGACAAAAGCCUUAUGAGUGCCGUGUAUGUGGGAAAUCUUUUAUCACUAGUAAUCAACAUCGUGCUCACCAGAGUGUUCACAGUGGUGAGAGGCCUUAUGAGUGCAGUGAAUGUGGCAAAUCCUUUCCCCGAAAAGAUAGCCUCAGUGUACACAAAAAGGUUCACUCAGGUAAACGGCCUUAUGAGUGUAGUGAAUGUGGGAAAUCAUUUACUGCUAGUUCUGCCCUCCAUCGUCACCAGAGACGUCACACUGGAGAAAGGCCUUAGAGUGCCGUGAAUAUGGGAAAUCUUUUUAUGAGUCAUAAUGGUUUGAGACAUCAUUACAGCCUUCACACUGCAGGAAGGAUCUAAAACAGCACAGGUGAUACUUCUUGCUUGGUGGCGUUUAGGCUGGAGGACAACCUCUGAAUUGACUGUGGUUCCCCUGAAUGUCCCCAGUGCAGUGACUUCCCAUA